UACUUUAUACGUGUCGUACUGCGUGCUACUUUCACAUUCGUUUUGUUAUUUUCGGGCUGAACGCAGUGCAUCCUGUGCCAACAACACAUCCAACACCAGCAUCAACAACACAAAAUGGCUCCACCACAGAGAAUGCGCGUCGCCAACGAAAAGGCUAGCAAAUAUGUGACGAUGCGUGGCAAUGUACCCAAAUCCUCGAAAGCGAAAGAAGGACAAUAUCCGGUUGGGCCCUGGCUAUUGGCGUUGUUCAUUUUUGUUGUGUGCGGAUCUGCGAUUUUCCAAAUAAUCCAAUCGAUUCGAGCUGCGUAAACUUAAAAACAAAAACAAAAUUUAAAGUUAUAUAAGCAACACACAUACACACACGAACCACAGGUCUGACGUCUUUUUCCCAAAAAAUGAACCCUCGUAACUGAUUCCAGCUCCAACAUGGCUUUUCAGGGCUUUCCAGAGAUCACUGAAUUGCAUGCCUGCAUUUUGAUAUACGAUAUGCAGAAUAUAAGUCCAUCUAUUUGUAUUUUUUAUUAAUUAUUAAGCUUACAAGAACCGAAUAAUAAGUGCGCCUAUAUUGUUAAAGCAUUCCUGCGAACCGCUCCGCGCUCAAAAACUAA